AUGCCCCAUUCCGCGGCCUCUGAACUCUACGAGGAGUGCUGUGCACUCUACGGGGUGAGGCCGAACAGGGAUGUGGCACAGCAGCUGGACAGGCCCAACUUUCUCACCAUCCGGGAGAUCGAUGCCUCGAGAACUUUUCUGGGCGAAUUGGGUGUUCGGGCACUUCUUGAGUUUGUUGGAAGCCACGCUGGGAUUCAGCGACUUGUUCUCACAAAAAAUGGUGUUGAUGCGGCUUGUGUUGAGCACCUCUGCAGUGUCCUGCGCGAGAGCCCGUCGCUUUCUUCCGUCGAUUUGUCUGACAACCGUAUGUCAACGCCUUCCGUGCGACUCCUUUGGGAGACGGUGAGGGCUGUACCGCACCUUCAGGAGGUGAAUCUUGAGAACUGCGGUGUAAGCGAGGAUUGGGUGAAUCGCCUGGGACGCUGCUGCAAGGCGAACAGUGAGUUACAGCAACUUGGGUUUCACCCGUACGGCCCAGAGCGCAGCCUUCGUAGCUGGGAGACGGUACUUGUUCUUGUGCUGGGCCCGGAGCCUCUUGUGGAGGCGUACUGCAGGGAAAUCUUGCCGUAUGUUAGAAGCUUUGUCUCAAGGCUCCGUCUACGGAUUGCCCCACUCACUAUUGAGAAGACGGACACACACGACGUGGUCAGAAGCAAAGUCUGGCGGUGUAGGUCGGCCUACAAUUGUACGUUAAGUUGGUGUGUCGUUUUAAUCGAUGAGGCAACGUCGUGGAUGGAUCCGGAUAUCAGUGCCCUGACUGCUGUGCUGCAGCAAGAGGAACCUGUGAUCCCUCCGUUGCGGAAUAAAUUUGGUGUUCUUCGCGAUCCCAUGCAUCGCUGUGCAAGACACCUGUUUGUAUAUACACUACCCUACUUGCAUGGGGAAGGGCUGGAUGGAGGAGGAUAUGUGUUAACCGUCCCAUCCAGUGUGUGGUUAUCCUCAGUGGGUAUUAGCGUGCCGGAUGAUGUCCGUGUUCCUUCCGCCGUGGCACUGCCCAGCAAGCGAAGCUGGAAAAUACGUUGUCCGAGUGAUCUUUGCACCGCCUUGUACGCUGUUUUUUCAGAGCAACCUCGCUCUAUGACGCUGUUGGAGAAGAACGAGGAAACUGACGAAAAGGUAUGGGAAACAGUUGAACGAGACAAACACUUUGGUUCGCUGCAUCCAAGGUGCAAGGACAUUGUUCACUACAUGGAGACACCUGCCGGACAGUUAUCGGUUCCUUUGAUUUUGUACGGUCCGGGUGGCGUCGGAAUGCCCAAGAUUGUGUCUUGGGCGGCUGCAACCUAUGCCGCGGUGGGGUCGCUUCGUGUCGUCCCUUAUCACGUGGGCUGCGGGAACGAGAGCCUUGUCGUGCUGUUGUUUCACCUCCUUCGUGUAUUUUCAAAGAAGCAGAGGCGGGUGUAUCGUACUGUGGAGGAGCUAUCCCUGGACGUCCGCGAAACGAUCUCGGCCUACGACGGUCAAAUGGUCCUGCUGUUGAUCUCUUCCAUCGAUCACUUGGACCUCUGUGGAUGCCGGGAGUCGGCCGUGCUUGAAUGGCUUCCCGCGUCUCUGCCGCCAUCUGUUCGCGUCAUUGCCUCGCUAAACACGGAGAGUCCGCUUCUUAUCGCACUUCGGAAACGCAUGCCGCAGCCGUACGAGGUGCUCAUUACGUCGCUUCCAAAGCAAGUGAGGGUCGAUUUGUUUCUGCAGGAGCUUUUGCGGCGUGAUGUGCUUGGGAAAUCAACAGAAGCCCACUCGCUAAAUGGUAGCAGCCCUACCCAACAACUUGAUGGACUCAAGUCGUUGGAAAAGGCCUUUUUAAUGAAGGAUGGCUCGGAAAGUGCAUCCUUUGGUAUUUACACCGCCUCGUUUCUCCAGCGAUUGCCGGAGGAUUUGCUUGAGCGAGACACGGCGUUUCUAAUUGCCGAGGAGGUACCAGACACCCUGGAUGAAGUUAUUACGCAGCUGCUGAGACGAUAUGAAUCGUUGAGCGACACACUCACGGUUCAGUUUCUCACAAUGGGCCUCGCUGCGGCGCCACUGCCCAUUUCUGAGAUUAUUUACAUCUGUGAGGAACUGGGGCCCUGCGCACGUCAUAAAACUUUACCAGUGCUUUUGAUGAUGUCAGAUGACGGCCUUUUGACUCUGACCUCUGACUCCAUUGUUCAUUUGUCUGACUCUGAUGUGCGUCGUGUGGUUUUGAAACUUUACGCCGACAUGCAGGACACUCUCAGUGUAUUGGUGGAGACGCACCUGUUUCGGCUGGUCAAGACGCGAAGUCCAGAUAUGUCCUUCUGCUUUAGACAUUUGGCAUCAAUCAUGAUUGCGAACGGCAGCCUUGAUGCCGCCUACGGUCUCGUCCUAAAUCCAACUCACAUGGACGCUCUGCUGAGCCGCGAUGUAGAAAACUGCACCUACGCUAUUGAUUUGGUGAUUCGUCUUUUAAACACACAUCAGCUUCUGCUUGAAUUAGACGAAGGCGGUUCUUGUUCAAUUAAGUCGAACAUUGACCUUCUUAACCGUGGGGCUUUGCAAAGUGCUCUUGAGGCAUUGCAGUCUUACGAUGGAUGUUUCUUUCAGGCCGCCUUGUUGGCCUCCGAUGUAUCGCCGUAUCAGACACGGGCAAUGGAGGCAAAGGAGGUUCCCUACACGGUGCUUGUGCCUUUGAACCGCGGCGACGAGGAUGACGCAACACACUCGUUGGAGUGCAAGCAUAUGCCUGUUUAUUGUCAUUUGUGGGGAGAAUAUCUUGUGGUGACAACAACGCAGGAAGUUAUUGUGUACUCUGCAACGGAUUUUGAAAGCGAGCUUGCGCGUUCUUUUCUGCCUUUUGAAUCCAACCAGAAUCUUUGUGGUUCUUUAGUUGCUGCGGGAAGUCGUGUCGUUGUGAUUGGCGAUGGACAAUUACUAUUGUGGGACUUUGCCAGUCAAUCAUUUACAAUGUUUGAGGAUACCACGUCCUCCUUGAAUGAAAAUGCAUUGGACUCCUUUGGCCUAAGCCUCCUCGUUCGCCAUCCCUCGAAGGAGCAGUUCUCCAUCAUCGACGUAUCCAAGAAGAAGGUUGUUAUGGAGCUCCCGAUCUUUGAGACACCGGUACGUGAGGCACUCUUUUGUGGUAGUGGGAUUCUUGCUCGCGCUCUGUACGAUUUGUUCCUCAUGCGUGAGGAAGAGGAGGAGGUGAUGAAGCUUGCGCAUACAGGGACUAUUCGUGGUGUUAGUUUUAGCAAUGACAGUCGCCUCAUUGCUUCUUGCGUCAGGGAGAGUAUCUGGAUUUGGUCUGGGACCGGGGAGCUUCUGCACCUCAUCGACGCUGGCUUGACACCCGUUGAAGAUAUUCGUUUUAAUGCAAGCGGGGCUUUACUGCUCUCGUGGCAAAGUGAGGGAGUGAAGGUGUGGAACUCGCUGAAUGGGGACUGCGCCGGGACUGUGGAGCUUUGCUUCGAUGAGAGGGCCUCGUUCCUUUGUUUUACGGAGGAUGGCUCAAAUAUUAUUGGUCGCUGUGGCCCACGCAUUUAUCUAUGGGAUGUCCACACCCGUCAGCCUGUGGGGGUUCUUACAGCCAGUACUGGCCACUUCACGUUUGUGCAGGAGCGAAAUCAAGUGGUUAUUGGAACAACAUCCAAGAAAGAGGUGAAAAUAUGGCGGGUUGGCGAUGCUCCCAUACCAUCUAUUCAGCGGGUAAGGGAAAAAAGGCUGACAAGCAUGUGGCGUAAAAAUGCCAGGCUUUCAACUGCUCCCAUCAUUGGAGUAAGUGUGAAUUUGAACGGAACCCUUCUCACUGCUGUUGAUGACAACGGUUCGGUGAUUCUGCAACCGAUGGACGGCUCUGUGAGGUGGGACUGCAACGUCAGUAAUGUCGAAAGUGCAGCUAUUAUGACUGAUAUGCUGUUAUUCACUGUGAAAGGUGAGAGCCAUCGCUUCUUUUGGAAACGACUGAGUGAAGAUGACACUGUAAACGAGGUAUUACUGCCAAGGGAUGCCGCGAGCAAUGCGACUCUGGAUCUUAAAACGGCAGAGUUUGGGAAUUCCAUAGCUGUAGUUUCAAACUCUGAAGAACGCACGUUGAUUUACGUCUAUAACGCCUUCGAUUGGAAUUUGACAAACCAGUUUUUAGGUCAUUCUGGGCGUAUUGUUCAAGCCUUUUUUGCUGGUGAUUUUCUCUUUAGUUUGGGGGUGGACUGCACUGUGCGGCUUUGGAGUCUCCUGCGGCAUGCAGAGAGGGCAUUGUACACCCACACCUGCGCUAUAGUUGCAGCGGCACCAGGCCCCCUAAUGACCCUUUUUUUCGUGGACGAACAAUCGCGGGUGUACCAUGUACAUGUAGAUAAUAUCGCAUCCUCGACGCACGCGCGCUUUGUUGCAGAGGCGGUUGAGCUGACUCUGACGAUUCCAACCACGGUGAGGGUCCGACACGUCAUACAUGCCUCCAACCUGCUCGCCAUGUCCUCAGAGGACGGUUCCGUGUACCUGGUGGACCUGCACCACGGCGGGACUGUCGUCAGACUGUCUGACUACAAGUGCCUUUCGCUUGCUUUUGUCGUGGACGGGAGCGACGUGCAUAUCGUGACGGGCCACUCGACUGGCGAAGUCGUUUUGCACCUUGUGCGUUUCACCGAACCGAUGUAA